AUGUCACGGUCCGGGGACAGGACGUCUACCUUCGACCCCAGCCAUAGCGACAACCUGCUUCACGGCCUCAACCUGCUGUGGAGGAAGCAGCUCUUUUGCGACGUGACCCUGACGGCCCAAGGCCAGCAGUUCCAUUGCCACAAGGCCGUGCUGGCCUCCUGCUCCCAAUACUUCCGAUCGCUCUUCUCCAGCACCGCGGCUGGAGGAGGCGGGGGAGGCGGCGGCGGCGGCGGGGGGAGCGGGCUUAAUCACCCCUUGGGCGUUGGACCGGGAGCUCAGGACGGCCUGCUUCCGAAGGAGCAGCAGCAGCAGCAGGAGGAGCCCGGCACGCCCUCCUCCUCUCCGGAGGACAAGCUCUUGGCCAGCCCUAGGGCCAUCAACAACCUGGUGUUGCAAGGCUGCUCGUCGAUCGGACUGCGACUGGUGCUCGAGUACCUGUAUACCGCCAACGUGACCCUCUCCUUGGAUACGGUGGAGGAGGUCCUGUCGGUCAGCAAGAUCCUGCACAUCCCGCAGGUCACCAAGUUGUGCGUGCAGUUCCUCAACGACCAGAUUUCCGUCCAGAAUUACAAGCAAGUGUGCAAGAUCGCAGCCUUACACGGCCUCGAAGAGACCAAGAAACUGGCCAACAAGUACCUUGUGGAGGACGUGCUGCUGCUCAACUUCGAGGAGAUGCGCGCCCUGCUAGACUCAUUGCCUCCCCCGGUAGAAUCGGAGCUGGCGCUCUUCCAGAUGUCCGUCCUGUGGCUGGAGCACGAUCGGGAGACCCGCAUGCAGUACGCCCCGGACCUCAUGAAGCGCCUACGUUUUGCCCUUAUCCCGGCUCCGGAGCUUGUUGAGCGAGUCCAGUCGGUGGAUUUCAUGCGUACGGACCCGGUCUGCCAGAAGCUACUUCUGGAUGCCAUGAACUACCACCUGAUGCCUUUCAGGCAGCACUGCAGACAAAGUCUGGCCAGCAGAAUUCGUUCCAACAAGAAAAUGCUUUUAUUGGUUGGAGGGCUGCCUCCUGGACCUGACCGGCUUCCCAGCAAUUUGGUUCAGUAUUAUGAUGAUGAAAAGAAGACAUGGAAAAUACUGACAAUUAUGCCAUACAAUAGUGCCCAUCACUGUGUUGUGGAAGUAGAAAAUUUCUUGUUCGUUCUGGGAGGAGAAGAUCAGUGGAAUCCUAAUGGCAAACACAGUACAAACUUCGUCAGCCGGUAUGAUCCUAGGUUUAACAGCUGGAUACAACUUCCACCUAUGCAAGAAAGGAGAGCUAGUUUUUAUGCGUGUCGGCUUGAUAAGAACUUGUAUGUGAUUGGAGGGAGAAAUGAAACUGGCUACUUGUCAAGUGUGGAAUGCUAUAAUUUAGAGACAAAUGAGUGGCGUUAUGUAUCUUCCCUACCACAGCCUUUGGCAGCCCAUGCAGGAGCUGUACAUAAUGGAAAAAUCUAUAUUUCAGGUGGUGUCCAUAAUGGUGAAUAUGUCCCCUGGCUCUAUUGCUAUGACCCUAUAAUGGAUGUCUGGGCUAGAAAACAAGACAUGAACACAAAAAGAGCUAUCCACACACUGGCCGUAAUGAAUGACCGACUGUAUGCAAUUGGAGGAAAUCAUUUGAAAGGUUUUUCUCACCUGGAUGUCAUGCUUGUGGAAUGUUAUGACCCAAAGGGCGACCAAUGGAAUAUUCUGCAAACUCCUAUAUUGGAGGGUCGAAGUGGUCCUGGAUGUGCAGUCCUUGAUGACAACAUAUACCUUGUUGGAGGCUACAGCUGGAGUAUGGGAGCCUACAAAUCUUCUACUAUUUGUUAUAGUCCUGAGAAAGGAUCCUGGACAGAGCUCGAAGGAGAUGUAGCUGAGCCACUUGCAGGUCCCGCUUGCUCUACUGUCAUACUUCCUGCAUGUGUGCCGUACAACAAAUAA